UUGAUACGUGCGUGUCGGACAAUCGGUGUAAACACGACCUAAGCUAACGAAAACAAAUACUAUAUAACGGAAAGAAGAAGACGAGGUAGAAGGUAUAAACCAGACCACCGGUGCGAACGAACGUUACUUUUAACAGUCUUUUCUACAUUAUCACAAAAAGUCGCGAAAAUGGAUGAAGAACGCGAGGUAUUGAUAUCCUUGAAAAGUUUGUUCGAGUUGUGCGCGUUCACGGAGUUCAACAAUCUUGAAUCCACCAGCAUCCACGCCAGAAACCCGAGCCUCUGCAAAACAGACGCCGAAGUACAGUUCGACCGCUACUAUCAGUUGUACAAAUUCGAGGAACUAGAUGAAUUAGAAAAGGAAUUAAGCGAUCUGAACACUUUCUCCAAGAUACUCGCGGUCGACAAGCGUCGACUACAUCUUCUAAGCAUGGUCCAGGCACCGAUGAAUCGUGAGAUGAAGAUAGCAAAGAAUCUACUCAACAAUUACUCCUUUCAAGUAGGAGCGAAGCUCUUGCCACAUGACGAGUUAAUAAACCUAGGUUUGGAUCUUGGCAAGUUUCUCAGGGACGCCGGCUGGUAUGCGCAAAGCAAGGACGUGCUGUUGGUCUGCAAACAAUUAUGCAUAGAUAACAAUCAGACUCCUGAGGACAAAACGUUGAAUUGUUUGCACGAGCUGUUACGCGCACAAACGGCGUACUGUGACUUCAAUGGAGCUAAAGAGACUAUCAUACUUGCCAAGCAAAUUCUAAAAUCAGAGAGCAUGGUGAAAUAUUGCGCUGCUCUUUUUACUGAGUUUAGUGUACUAGAAUAUUUACACAAUGAAUAUGACAAAGCAUACGGAUGGAGCAAAGCAGCGUUGAAAAAAUUAAAUCCAACACUUUCCAAGGAGACCAUCGUCGACAUUCUAAGACAGGCAGCAAAGUCACGCAUGAUGUCGGCUCAGCAACACUCGCUUGUGUCCCAGAAAGCCGGUUUACUCAUCAAGGAGGCCGUAUACCUCGCGAGGGAAACAUUCGGUACAGAUCAUCCAAAGUACAGCAACGUUCUCAUCGAUUAUGGGUGUUUUCUAAUGAGAACUGACAGCAAGAACCAUAUUAUAACUAUAUACAGGACUGCGUUAGAUAUUAGAAGGAAGAUUUUCGGGGAGAAUAAUCUUUAUGUUGCCUUGGCACAUAAACACUUAGCUUACUGUCUCAUUGAAUCGGGAAUUAACCCUGACACAUCUUACAUUGCAAAACAUCACGCUGAAAUAGCUGUAGCUAUCAUGGAGAGACAUUUACCCCCGAAUCAUUUCUUGCUCGCGAAUGCUAAGAGAGUAAAAGCGCUUACUCUUGAGCUCACCACUGUAUUGAUCGGACCGUUCGACCGUAAUAUCUUACUGGAGUGCGAGGUUCUUUACUUGUCUGCUUUGGAAAUAUCGAAGAGUGCAUUUAACGAAAGUAGCCAUCUAGUUGCGAUACAAUACACAGAGUUGAGCCGUUUAUACCAGACUAUGAACCGGUUGAACGAAGCGAUGGCGAUGAUUAAAAAAUCUAUGGCUAUUAAAACGCAGUUAGAACAAGAGGAUUAUGAAUUAACUGUUAGUAUCGAGUAUGAAGCUUGGCUACACUUUUUGCACAAGCGAUACGAACGCUGUGAAUCGCUUCUUCUUUGUUGUCUCGAAAGGCGCUCGGCGUUGCUCGGAAAAAGUCAUAGCAGUUUAAAAUCCGUGUAUGACGUGCUUUUGUUUGUGUACCGCACGACAGGUGCUCAGGAAAAGUUAUUCCAGUACACAAAGAAAAUGAAUCAUUGGCAGGAGCUUAAAGACCAACGUGUUCUAGCCGAGGAACCACCGAUCGAUGUACAAAGGCCUUCACAACCAAUCGCAGACGUAAUAAAACGGUAUAUUGCCUGAGAUAUAGUAAAUGUGUCUAAUUUAAAUUUUAUGUCAUUGGUUACAAUGCAACUUGCUGAUUACAAGGCAUUUUUGGGUCAAAGCAGGAAAAGAAGGAAACUUAUAAUUUGCCUUAGAGAUUUGUGAAUCACCGAUUACAGAUUUUUCUUACCAAGAUUCAAUAGUAUCAGUAAUAAUGCAAUUAUGUACAAGACCGCGUUAUAUUAGAAGAACAACCCGAAAAACACGCAUGUCUCAAAGACAUCUUUAAGUCUAUUAAACCUAAUCUACAAUUAUGUGCUUUCUGCAUCCAGAAACAUUCUAUUUUAUGUAAACAAAUCAAAACGCUUAACAAACUUGUCGACAAUUUACGAUUGUAC